AUGUCUAUGACAUCAUUCACAAUAAGUCUGAGCGGUAACGAGCCUGUGUUGAAUGUAGACUUUCAACCGGCUCUAGAAUUGGACAAUGAUGGUUUUUACGAGUGUGCUCUCGUGUACUUUAAGACUUUCAACACUAUUCCUAAUGUUGAUAAGAGCAAUAAUAUGUUUCACUAUGGGGAUGAUGUAAUCGCAAUUCCUGAAGGUUCAUACGAGCUCUCCAGUAUAAUACACCUCUUGAACGAGGAAAUGACAAAGAGGGCUAAAGACAUUCGUUAUGAAUUGAACGGUGUGGAGAUUGAUCGAGCGAGAAACUGCGGCAUCACAUCCACCAUUAAGGGACUAAUCUCAUACACCAAGGAAAUGGACCAUAGUCUUCAGACUGCGGGGUGGGAAGUUGGUGCUAAAAAGAUACAUGACAAGUUUACAUUAACCAUACCACUAUCUCAUUUCUUGGGUUUCGCCGAGGAUUACAAGAAGGUAAUAAUGAAUGGGAAACACGAGUUGAUAUUAAAUCGCGCCAGUAUAGAUGUAAACUGUUUAGAUUUAGCACCCGUUGAUCCGAAUACGGUACCAAAACCGCCGACUCCAAAUGGUGAGAUUGAAAUCACUCGUGUCACAUGGAGGAUGCCAGUCAUAAAAGUAUCUGAUAAGGAGAAACUGCGCUUAAUGUCGUAUGUUGAGGGCAGCAUACCAGUUCAGAUAGCGUUCCGCACGUGGGAACUGUAUGAAUAUCCCGUACUACCUUCCUCAGAACGUCAUAUUUGGUGCAUCAAGACUAGUACUCAGCUGGAGAAACCUCGCUAUCUCAUUGUUGGUUUCCAAACGGCACGCAGGAACGACAAGACCAAAGAUAUGAGUAUAUUCGACCAUUGUAAUCUUACCAAUUGCAGGGUGUAUUUGAACGCACAGUAUUAUCCAUACGAUCCUUUUUCGGCUGAAUUUAAAACAAACAACUAUGCGCUCUUAUAUGACGCAUUUACCAAUUUCCAACGAUCGUACUACAGCCGUGAUCAUACCAGCCCUCAAGUAAAUUAUGCUCAUUACAAGACACACUCUCCAUUAAUAGUCAUUGACACGUCCAGACAGUGUGACAGCUUCAACUCGGGAGCUGGUGCUAUUGAUAUUAAAUUGGAAAUGGAGUUUAAAGAGAAUGUACCUGCCAACACCACGGCAUACUGUCUCAUUAUCAAUGAUUCACUGUUUGAGUACAACGCUCUCACCAGUGCCACACGUAAAAUCAUUCAGUAG